GUCUUUUUUCAACCUUAUGAACUAUGUUACUAUCCCUAUGUGACCCGUCAGAUGAAGUCAUGUCUGUUCCGUGACGGCACAAAAAAAAUGAUGUCCAUUGAAUUAUUAUUUUUUAUUUUUUGCAUAGUUGGGUGUGGAAUAGGCAAAGAGAAAAAAAAAGAAAAAAAAAGGCGAUCGCCCCCACCUAAUGUGAUCAGAAAAAAAAGCAAUACUUAACCGAGCCGCUCCAUAGGGGCCAGCUGCCAAAUGUCUCACUGGGCUCUCCAGCCGUCGGAGAGUUAAGGCAUUCGUUGACUGAUGAAAGGGUUAAUGGACCGGAGGGGCUUCGCCGGCGAUCCACCUGAGUUUGUGCCAGUUAAGGGAUUUCCUAUGAAUCCGAUCUCCCCCUCUACAGGAUUUAGUGGCCUCCUCCAGCCCAGCUCAGUGAGCAGUAAGCAAGUCUCACAUCUUGCUCCUUUCCUUGUGCAUUCCCAGAGUCUCCAGCAGGGGAGAGCAGGAGAGAGGAGAUCGUAGAGCACCGGCUUCUUCUCAUACACAUUCCCAGUCCCUUCUUCUUCUUCCCAGACAGCUGGAUGCUCAUCCUGGAUCGCAGCUUGGAAUGGGGAUUGGAGGAUGCUAGCUGGGUGUGAAGGAGGCCACCUGUCUGCGAGGGACCCAAGGCGGGAGACAAGAGGCUGAGAAGGUGUUCCUCAUCCAGCACGUGGGUCUUAUCAUCUUGGGUCCAGCUCUCUCUGGAGGCGCCAUCUUAUACACAUUGUUUCAAACACGAUGGGAGGGGGAACGAGCUAGUCUCGGAACACUCAUCUGCUGCCGGAGUAUUUCGAUGCAAUUUGAGCACCAAGGACAGGUGUCUUACCCCCCUACAUUCCCUGCCAUCUUCUCAUGGACCAAGAUUGAUGUGUCGAAGUCUCAAACAUGCAUCAUGUGGCACAGUCCUGCUCUACUCACUAAAGGGAAGCAAUCUGGAUGAUUCGAUGUAAAGCCUCGGCAGAAACCGACACCGGCGAAGCUUGACAAGUCAUACCGCUGUUCAUUGUACUGAGAGUUUAAAAGGUGACCUGGAGAAAGUCAGCUUAUUCAAGGUGCCCAGGCACUGGAUAUUCCUAUCUUCCAAUUACUUUCUUAAGAAUUUCGGCACGAGCCAAGAUACCAACACAAGAUCCCAAGCCAAGAUCGAAACCAAGAUCUCAAGCCAAGAUCCAAGCCAAGACUUCCAGCCAAGAUACCAAGCCAAGAUCCAAGCGAAGGUUCCAAGUCAACAUCUCAAGCUAAAAACAAAGCCAAGAUCCAACCAAGAGCCGAAGACAAGAUCCCAGCCAAGAUUCCUGGUCAAGAUCCCAAGCUAAGAUCUAAACCAAGAUCCCAAGUCAAGAACCCAAGCUAAGAUCCAAGCCAAGAUCCCAAGUCAAGAACCCAAGCUUAGAUCCAAGCUAAUAUCCCAAGUCAAGAACCCAAGCUUAGAUCCAAGCCAAGAUCCCAAGUCAAGAACCCAAGCUUAAAUCCAAGCCAAUAUCCCAGCCAAGAUCCCAGCCAAGAUUCCUAGUCAAGAUCCCUAGCUAAGAUCCAAGCCAAGAUCCCAGCUAAGAUUCCAAGUCAAGAUCCCAGCUAAGAUUCCAAGUCAAGAUCCUAAGCCAAGUUCCAAAGCCACGAUCCAAGCCAAGAUCCCAGCUAAGAUUCCAAGUCAAGAUCUCAAGCCAAGUUCCAAAACCAAGAUCCCAGUAUCGUACCUUCACCUCAAUGCCCAUUACAGCUACAGUUAUGGCUUCCUUGUAAAAACCUAUAAAAUUUGCAGCAUUACCACCUUCCAUCACAUUAUUAGGUUAUUUACCAAUCAUAGUAGGUAAUAGGAAUUACGAUCCCUAAAAUAAUCCUACCUAGAUUUUCACAUGACCACUGUAUUUAUAGUAGCCUUGUCCAGUGCGCUGCAGUUCCCCAUACUAAACCGCUAUAUAUCAUGGUCAACGCUAACAGAAUCCAGUAGGUUUGUUUUGCGAGGCCGUAUACCGCGCACCAGCUGUGCAUAUCAUAUUAAUGCAAUCUGGAUUUCCUGAGAUAUCUUAAUUACCUCAAAGUAUUGUACAUCCCAGCUGAGCGUCUUUCAGUCCCGCACAGCGUCCUCCAGCUUUGUAUUGUAUAGAGGAACGUUAUUUUAAAGAACAGCUGGGCUUGGCGGUACAAAAAAAAUAAAUAAGGAACUCGAGUCCAUUACACUAUAGCGGUAGACAGCUCGGAGUGCGAGUUCAUUAUGGUAACCUGCGUAAGUUCAUUAUCGCCGGUUUAUCGUGGCGGAGAUCACACGUGCCUACUGCGCGCAAAUGCUCAAUGAAUGCAGCUCUGCUGUGCCGCAAGGAAAUAAAGCUAUAGACAAAAGUACCCGAAGACAGCAUGCUACUUUGUGCCGGAAAUACGGCGCGUUUGCCCCUUCGUGUAAGCCUCGUCCAUUCUACGCAGAACCCUAGAACAAUUGCCGUAUUAUUAUAAACCAUUGCAUACUGAAAGAAGACUUGAUCAAAGACGUUCCAUACUAACUUGACAUACUGACUUGUUGUGGUUUCGCGUACAUGGACGAUGUCUUGAGAGAACGUUCUACAAACCCAACGGGAGAACAACGUCCUCACAUAGCACCAUGACACCUGGUAUACCUAUCCCCCCUGCGUGAUGUGAGGGCCCCCAAGGAAUCCUGUGGACUUGGGAUGGCUGCACAAGGCUUUGCCUGGACUGUGGUGCUGAUUUUCUGCAGCCCGAAGCUCUUGGGAAUGGUUUCCAUGGAGACUGGAUUGUCGUUGGAGGUGUCAGGACGGGUGAAGCGUGGCUGGGUGUGGAAUCAGUUCUUUGUGGUGGAGGAAUAUACGGGGACGGAACCACUUUAUGUGGGGAAGAUUCACUCGGACUCGGAUGAAGGAGAUGGUUCUAUUAAAUACACGAUUUCUGGAGAGGGAGCUGGCUCCAUCUUUAUCAUCGAUGAAUACACUGGAGAUAUACAUGCCACUGAGCGUUUGGACCGGGAGCACAAGACCUUCUACACCCUCCGUGCCCAGGCCAGGGACAGGGACAACGACAGACUCCUCGAGCCAGAGUCUGAAUUCAUUAUUAAAGUGCAGGACAUUAAUGACAGUGAACCAAGGUUCUUACAGGCUCCAUACAUUGGAAGUGUCCCUGAGCUAUCUCCUGUUGGAACAUCUGUCAUGGCAGUGUCAGCAUUUGAUGCAGAUGACCCAGCCUAUGGAAGUAGCGCAAGAGUGGUAUAUAGCGUCUUAGAGGGGGAGAAGCACUUUACCGUGGACAGCAACACAGGUGUUAUCCGUACAGCAGUACCCGACCUUGACCGGGAGUCCCAGGACCGAUAUGACCUUGUGAUCCAGGCCACCGAUAUGGCCGGGCAACUGGGAGGGCUCUCCGGGUCAACAACAGUCACCAUCGUGAUCACCGAUGUCAACGACAACCCACCAAGGUUCCCCCAGAAGCUUUACCGGUUUAGCGUAAUGGAGAGCGCUCCUCCGGGCUCAGUGAUUGGUCGUCUAAAAGCCGAGGACGCUGAUAUGGGAGACAACACGGACAUGUUCUACCAGAUCCAGCAGCAGGAGGCGGCGGCGUUCUUCCGAGUCAGCACAGAUGCCGUCACCCAGGAGGCCAUCCUCAGCAUUCUGCAGCCCCUGGAUUUCGAGACCCAGAUGGAGCACUCGUUGGUUCUAGAAGCCCAGAACCGCUUCUUGGAUCCUCGUUUUUCUGAUCUGGGAACCUUCCGGGAUCAAGCAAUCGUGAAGGUGUCAGUGCUGGAUGUGGACGAGCCUCCUAAAUUCCACCCUCUCAGUGGGAUAAUAGAAGUGUCAGAGGACGCACAUGUUGGCUCUGUCAUUGGGGUCAUCACAGCUACCGACCCGGAUAAAGCAAAUAAUUCUAUCAGAUACACACUGGACAAAACCUCCGAUGAUGGGAUUUUUGAAAUUGAUGAAGAGUCUGGAGAGAUCAGGCUAACCAAAGCCCUGGACCGGGAAACCUCUGGGUGGCACAAUCUGUCCCUGCAGGCCUAUGAAGCAGACUACCCUGAUAAAGUUUCCGUUCUGGCGCUGAGGAUACGUAUCCUGGAUGUAAAUGACAAUCCUCCGGAGCUGGCUACACCCCAUGAAUCCUCAGUAUGUGAAGACGCUCUUCCAGGACAGCUGAUUCAGACCAUCAGUGUGGUGGAUCGGGAUGAGCCAAUGGGGGGGCACCGGUUCUACUUCAGACUCGCUCCAGACCCCAGCGCCGAGCAUCACUUUACGCUGCUCAAUGUCAAGGAUAACACAGCUUCUGUACACACACACAGAACGCCCUUUGACCGAAGGGAGCAGGAUAUGUUUAUCUUGCCGAUACUGGUUGUUGAUGGGGGAACUCCAGCUCUGAGUAGCACGGGGACUCUCACCAUUCGAGUGUGUGGGUGUGACAGCACAGGGGCAGUGCAGUCAUGCAACACAACGGCCUAUGUGAUGGCUGGAAGUCUGAGUCCUGGAGCACUUAUUGCCCUGUUGGUGUGUGUGCUGAUACUUGUAGUGCUGAUUCUCCUUAUUCUGGCUCUAAAACGACACCACCAGGGCCAUCUUUCAUCAGAUGAAGAUGAAGACAUGAGGGAUAAUGUCAUCAAGUACAAUGAUGAAGGAGGUGGAGAGCAGGACACCGAGGCAUACGAUAUGUCAGCAUUGCGCAGCUUGUACAAUUUCAGCGAGGGGAGUGAGGCUGGAGGGGACAGUACUCUUGCGACUCAGCGUCACCCCUUGCCUCAGUGGUUUCCAGGAGCUGAAUUGGACUUCUCACUGUUUAAAGACUACAUCAGUAGAAAAGUAAGGCUGGCAGAUCAGGACUCAUCAGUGCCUCCUUAUGAUUCCUUCCAGACUUAUGCCUUUGAGGGAUCAGGCUCCAGUGCUGCAUCUCUCAGUUCUAUAAGCAGCUGGUCUACAAGUUCAGAGCAAGACUUUUCUCAGUUGGGCUCUUGGGGUCCAAGAUUUCGCCAACUAGCUGCUCUAUAUGCUGGACACAAGGGACACGAAGAAAGCCAGAGCUCCUAGCCCAAGUCAAUCCCUUAAUUUUCAGGGUACCAAGACCUUAUGCUCUAAUUGCAGGGGCAGACUUGCUCCAUAUUUAUUACAUAUCAAUAUGUAAACACCAUAUGACAUUGCUCUACUAUGCCCAUUAACUGUUCCAUUCCACCAGUGACCAUUUAUUUACAUAUAUAUAUAUAUACAACCCUUGAUACCCAUGUUCAUUUCCUUCUCUGACAACAAGAUCAUACAGUACAUCAACAGUCACCAACAAAAUAAACCAUCAUACUAAAGACAACGUCAGUCAUUACUUAUCAGAAUUUCUGGUCUGGUCAUGAGCCAAAUUGCAUUAUGUCACCAUUUCACCUGUACUUUUUCUAGUUACGCCUAUAUACAGCACUUAAAGAAAAAAGGAGACAAUUCUGUAUCCCUUCAUUUAUUUGACUUAGAGAGGAAUUCUAAAAACCUCAAAACAAUCUAAACAUCAAAAGAUAGUAAAAUUUUGCAGUCCGUGCUCCCAAAACUUGGAUAUUUCAAGUAACGUCAAUUAAUUGAAUGGCCGUAUUUACAUCUGUUGUGUCGGAGAUUUCCAGUUAUGGAAACUUCUGAGCAGUUUCCAUAGUGUCCUGUAAUUUUAGAACUUAAUGGAGGUCAUCUUCUGACAUAUGUGCUGAGCUUGUCUGUGUCCCGGCUACAGUCUGAGAUUUAGGACUCCAGCAUGAGUCUAAAAUCUAUAAAAAAAAAAGGCUUGCGGCCAGGACUGGUAGGGAGACCCCUAGUGGUAAUUUUUUCAAAGUGGAAAAUUAAAUAGAAAGAAGCAUAUUUUUUAAUAACAUGCUAUUGGAAAGUAAUUCGGCAUACAUUAAUCUAUAAUAUAUCAAAAGUUUUUUGGAUGAAAGGUACCCUUUAAAACUACCACAGGCUGGCAGUAGAUCCACCAAAUUUAUUACCGUGGCAAAUGCUACAUGACAAAUUUGGUGCACGUUACUAGAGCCUUACCUCUUCUUUAUGCCACCUCUUACUCCACGCCAGAAUUUUGUGGCAAAAUUUUGGCCCACAUUUUUGAGGCCUGCCCGUUUUCUCUAAGCUACUCCCCCUUUUUUAACACUUGUAAGGCAAUAAAGGUGUCUAAAACACAUACCGUAAUAAAUCUGGUGCAGGGUAUUGAUGCCAAUUUGUUUACCGCAAAUUGAGCCAUAAUUCUGAAGCUUUUACAGUUGCAAAAAAAUUACCAAUUGAUAACUAAUACUGUACAAUGUCAUCUGAUUGUUAUCUAAGUUACAAUUAUAGACAAACACAAUAUACUAGACUAAUAACACACAAACUGCAGGCCCCGACUUACUAUUGUGAACCAGACCUGCUUUGGUUGGGUUGUGCGCUAAAAUCUGGUGCGAAUUGUAAGUCAUUGAAAAUCAUUGAAAGUCUAAAAACAAAGGAUGUGGUCUCAUGUUGUCAGUACAACCAGACCUAUUUCCUAUUCAAUUCAUCCUAAAUCAUCUAAAUAUAUAUGGCUUACCGCCACAAUAACUAGCCUGGGUUCCGUUGGCUUUUUUUCAACUAUGAUUUCUCUGAAACACCUGAGCCCUUCCCCCACUCCCCUAUUGUCUUUUACAUGGUAUAAAUAAUAUUGAAAUUGGCUUGAAUUACUGAAUAUGCCAGGGGUCACCAAACUGUGGACCUCCAGCUGUUGCACAACUACAAAUUCCAUGCUGGAAGUUGUAAUUUUGCAACUGCUUGAGGUCCGCAGUUUGGAGACAACUGGAAUAUGCUAAAGCAACCAGUCCAAGAAAUGGAGUAUACUUUCCUCUUACAAUCAAUGCAGGAAUACAGACGUGUCUAAAUUGUUCACAAAGUUUUUCUCAUCCUCACACUUAAGUUUUUUUUAACCAUUUUUUGGGAGAAACCUGUAAUUUCCUAUAUGCCCCAAUAUAUCUUCUAAGCAACCGACUCAUGAUACUUGUGCUGCCAUUGUCACCCACUUCUCUAGAUGCCAAAGCAGCCGAAUCUAAGGGUAACCCCAAAGGAUCAAGGACUGAUCCUUAUGGGGGGGGUAUCCACAGUAUUAGCUGUCAUUUGGCGUUGUAAUAAACUUUCAUAGUAUCAACUUUCAAACUUCGCCAUCUACAUUGUCUACACAGUGCGGUUAUUUGGACUGAAUUUUCCACAGUGCACUACAACAGCUCUUCGGGGGACUGUCGUUAUUUAUCAUGAUUCCUCAGAGGAAAAAAUAAAAGUUUCUUCUACUAAA